GAUCUGCGUAGGUUGUCUGAACUACAAGAACUUCCAGUUGAUCUUGAACCAUAUGUAAAGAAGCUAAUGAAUUCUAGGAGAAGAGUCAUGCUUGUAAAUAACAUACUGCAGAAUGCCCAGGUAUUAAAUCAAACAAUUUGAACUACAUUAAAACACAAUAUGAACAACAUAAAUAAACAGCCAAACCUCCUUAAAACAGACACCAAAGGCACAGGGUUAACCCUUCAAGCCCCAAUAUCCACAUACAAAUUCUCCAAACUGAUCUCCAUACAUUUCCUUCAUGAAUGAGUUGAGAGAAUUUGAUAAAAGAUCAAGACAUUUUCUCUUAGGUGAUCAUUUUAUUAAUUCUCAUAACCUAAUCUCUUGACAUUGUAUGGAUAUCGUUAGGAGAAAAUUGACGUUAGACACUAUUGGGGCUUAAAGGGUUAAAGAGGUGUUGUUUUGUAGAGGUUGGGGCUGAUGAAUGUAAUCUAUGGGACCUGCAAGAGAACUGUUCCUGCUAGGCAGGGCCUUUGAUAUUAGGAUUGUGAUGGUGUGAUUUUGCACAAUUGACAUCCAAAUCACACCCUAUCAUAUAAUCCUCAAAACCCCCUGUCAUUAAUUUAAAAAAAUGCUUAACCCAUUCGCUUCUGGAGAUUUUGCCGAAAAACGCGUUUUGAAGCUUGUCGAGUGGUUUUCUGGUCACUGUCGUGCUAUAAAGAGCUAAGACUUACCACAAACCGGUUUACAGGUCGUACACUUCAUGGCCUUCUGAUCCAGAUGCAAAAUAUGAGCUUGCGAAGUUCGGGCAUGUGCAGAAAGCAAAAUUUCGGGUUAGUUUUUGGGUUUAAAAGUGACACAGCAGUCUUGACUUUGACUUUUCGCUUUCUCUCCUCCCCUCUUUUUUCCCUUUUCUUGCCUCAUAUUUUUUUUCUCUUGCUGGGCAUUUAGUAGGCUUUAUUUUGGUGAAAAUAGUUUUUAGGAAAGCUUUUAGGAUCUUAGGAUUAGGUGAAAGGAAAGGUAGGUGGGCAAUGGAACAAGAUUUUCAUGGAGAUUUUCAGGUCAAUGUUACAUGGUUUUUUGCCUCUUUCUCUGGUGUCCUUGACUGAAUUGUGCUCAUUCUGGUAUGGUUUGAAAGAUCUCUUCACUCUGCACAAGUUAGUGAAGAAAGUUGUCCUUGACCGUUAAAACUGAUGACGUCACAAAGGGUAGAAAGGACGUGGAUCCGCACAGGCAGUUAUGGGCGGUUCAGGGGGGAAUGGGUUAAUCUGGACAAAAUAACAAACAUAAAUUCUAAUUAGGGGUGGAGGGGGGUUUAUUUAUUUUAGCGAAGAUUAUAGUAGCAGUUUUCCUUAGAGAACUAGAACACAAAGUAGAAAUGCUCAAGUACAUGAAGAUGUAGGUCAUGCAAUCAAAGAUCAAAAACAAAUCCAAACUUCCAGAUAUGAUACCAUGAUACUGGAUCAGUCCACACAACUGUCAAACAAAAGUGAACUUUAAAAAGCUGUUAGACAACCAAGUCUUACGAACCACAAUAUUGCAAUCCUUUUUAUUCUUUUUAAAGUUUGUCCAUUUGUGCCUCCUUUUGUGUUAAUGUGUUAUUUAAACAUUAUUUUAAUCUUUUAAGCAAUUAAAUUUGUUUUUAAUUAUUGUAUCUGGUUUUAGUUCCCUCUGUUUAAAUUUUGAUAAGUUUGUUUCUCCACUUCAUUAAUGGCACUACUUAUGGGUGGCUCAGGAAAAAGCAACCAUUGUCAGUAUGACCAGCAUGCAAAGAAAGUGGUGUCCGAUAGCCUGGGGCUAGUGGAUUUUGCUAUUGGGCUAGUGAAUUCCGUUCUUAACUUGCCUGAUGGGCAAUGAUUCUUUUGGGGGAAUUCAAAUUGAGGAACUGUAAUCAAUCCUGCUCAUCAAAUCUUUUUCAGGCGAGUUGAAAUGACUUUCGGGCCAGUACAUGCUAGGUACAGCUCGGAAUUUGGGCAAGCUGUAAAAAUUGACUUUCUUUGCACCCUGAUGACUGUCACAUGUUGCAAAGCUAGUGUUCUUCAUGUUCUGACUUGUAUUGGCAACUCCAUUUAAAUCUUUUAUAAACCAUUGUAUGCAGUAUUCUAGUCAAGUAAAUUUAAAGAAUUUAGUCAUUAAAAAUAUGGUGUUAUGUUUUUCUUAUCAUAAGGAGAGGCUUGGAAGACUGCAUCAGAGUGUCACAAGAGAGACGGCUAAAAGAAAAGCUUUACUUGAACCCUCAGAGUUCUAG